CGGAGCGCUAUUCAGUCGUGUUUAUAUUCGCGUAUGGUCAACCGCCUGACCAAUAACCAUGACUUUGAAAUUAAUAAUAUUUUAUUUACUAGCCUUGACUGCUUUAAAUGUCGAAUGUAAAACGGCAUAUAAAAUAUGUGUGCCAGCGCAAUACAUGAAACAAUGUGAAGAUAUGUUAGAAGUUCCCACCAAAAGCAAAGCUUUGUUAGAAUGUAUUCCAGCCAGGGACAGGAUGGAAUGUUUGAGCUUCGUUCAGCAAAGGCAAGCUGACUUCGUGCCAGUGGAUCCAGAGGACAUGUACGUCGCGUCCAAAAUUCCCAACCAGGACUUUGUGGUGUUCCAAGAAUAUAGGACGGACGAGGAACCUGACGCGGAAUUUCGGUAUGAAGCAGUCAUCGUAGUGCAUAAGGACCUUAAUAUAAACAGUCUGGACCAGCUUAAAGGCCUGAAGUCAUGUCAUACUGGAGUUAACAGAAAUGUUGGAUAUAAGAUUCCUCUCACGAUGUUAAUGAGGAGGUCGGUAUUCCCGAAAAUGACAGACCGCACAAUAUCACCCAAGGAGAAUGAACUGCGGGCGUAUUCCACAUUCUUCAAGAAGUCCUGUAUUGUUGGGCAGUGGUCGCCGGACCCCAAGACUAACGCUGCGUGGAAGUCUCAAUACAGCCAGCUGUGUGCACUUUGCGAGCACCCCGACAAAUGUGAUUACCCCGAUAACUUCAGCGGUUACGAAGGCGCUCUUAGGUGCCUCGCACACAAUGGAGGCGAGGUUGCCUUCACCAAGGUUAUCUUCGUGCGCAAGUUCUUUGGGCUUCCAGUAGGCACGAGCCCGGCUACACAGUCUACAGAGAACCCUGAUGAAUUCGCAUAUUUGUGCGUAGAUGGCUCCAAAGUUCCGAUAAGAGAUAAGCCAUGCUCAUGGGCUGCAAGACCUUGGCAAGGGUUGAUAGGACACAAUGACGUUCUCGCUAAGCUAACACCGCUGAGAGAAAAGAUAAAGCAGUUGGCUGUGGCUGGUGCCAGUUCCAAACCCGAAUGGUUCACCAACGUAUUGGGUCUGUCAGAAAAGAUCCACCACGUGGCCGACAAUAUCGCGAUCAAACCGGCUGACUACUUGAGCAAAGCAAACUACACCGAAGUUAUAGAGAGAGGCCACGGACCGCCGGAGCCCAUUGUCAGGUUAUGCGUAACAUCGAACGUGGCUGUCGCCAAGUGCCGCGCCAUGUCCGUGUUUGCCUUCAGCAGAGACAUCAGACCGAAGCUAGACUGCGUGCAGGAACCCACCGAGGAUGAUUGUUUGAAAAGCGUACGUGAUAACGGGUCGGACCUGGCGUCGGUGGAUGGCAUGCGGGUUGCUUCAGCGUCCAAGCAAUACAACCUGCACCCCGUGUUCCACGAAGUGUACGGAGACACCAAGAUACCAAACUAUGCCGUGGCUGUAGUGAAGAAGGACGCGUCCUUUAACAAACUCGACGACUUGAGGGGCAGACGAUCAUGCCACAAUUCAUUUGCAACAUUCAGCGGCUUGCAAGCGCCACUUUAUUUAUUAAUUAACAAACAACUCAUCAAAUCCGACCAGUGUGUCAAGAAUUUGGGAGACUUCUUUUCUGGUUCUUGCAUUCCGGGUGUUGACAAAGCCGAAAACAAUCCCAGAGGUGAGGAUGUCUCAAAACUGAAGAAACAAUGUUCAAAUGAUGGCAAUGCUGCAAAAUGUUUGCAAGAAAACAAAGCCGAUGUAGCAUUUGUAUCAAGUGCUGAUCUAGCAAACUUUGAUCCAUCUCAGUAUGAACUUUUGUGUCUUAAUCGUGAAGCGGGAGGAAGAGACAGUCUUUCAAACUUUUCAACAUGCAACCUUGCUAUGGAACCAUCCAGAACAUGGAUAUCAGCUAAAGAUUUCUUGUCUGAUGUCUCUAUAGCUCAUACACCAUUAAGCCUGGCACAACUGCUUGAGAAAAGAAGUGACUUAUUUAAUAUUUAUGGAGAGUUCCUAAAGAACAACAAUAUUAUUUUUAAUAAUGCAGCAAGAGGCAUUGCAACUACGGAAAAACUGGACUUUGAAAAAUUCAAGAUGAUUCAUGAUGUUCUCAGCACCUGUGGGGUUGCCUAGAUUUGAUGUUAAAAAUUUUAAUUUUUUAAAUAUAAACUCAAUACUCUAAUUUAUAAAAUUUAUUUCAUCACUUAAUAAAACAAUAAAUAAUACAAGAAUUGUUACUACUUAACAAUGAUACUGCAGACAUAUUCAAAUUAUUAUAUGUUUCUUUUUAAAUGUUCUAUAGAAUAAGUCUGAUGAAUAAAUUCUAUCAUUUAAAAACAAUAAAUAAUACUCAAACAA